CGAGAAGACAAGACGAAGAUCCCCCCUUUAAGUGUUACCUAAAAGGACGAAGAAGUAUAUAAGACAAAAGUCGGUAGUUUUUGAUGUCAUAAUUUUUUGGGUGGUGUGUAUAAAAAAGUGUAUUUUUUUUUCUAGUUUGCGGGAUGAAAACGUUUUUGAUAUUUACAGCUUUGUGUGCGGGCUUAGGUAAUGCUAAGCCUCAAUACAACUACCCAGCACCCUCUCAGAGGCCUAGCGGCAGCUACGGAGCACCUGGUGGAGGUGGUUCGUUCGGUGGAGGUUCCAGUAGCGGCUCGUUUGCAUCCGCAGGCAGUGGAUUUAGUGAAUCUAGCUUUAGCAGCGGGAGUAGUGGACUUGGAGGCGGAGGAUUAGGAGGAGGAGGAGGAAUAGGAGGAGGUGGAGGAGGAAUAGGAGGAGGCGGAGGAGGUGGAGGAGGUGGUGGUAUCGCAACAGGAGGCACCUUAGUCCAAAAGCACAUCUACGUCCACGUAGCACCUCCAGAGCCCGAAGAAGUUCGUCCACAAAGGCCCAUCGGAGGUGGUCAAAGUACCAAACAUUACAAAAUCAUCUUCAUCAAAGCCCCAUCUUACCAACCAACCCAACAGCAAGUGCUUCAAGCUCAGGCCCAAAACGAAGAAAAGACCUUGGUCUACGUUUUGGUGAAGAAACCCGAUGACGUUGCUGACAUUACUCUACCAACUGCGGCUCCUACAGCUCCAAGCAAACCUGAAGUCUACUUUAUCAGAUACAAAGCAAAGUCUGAAGCUGUAGGAGGCGGUGGUGGAGCUGCUGCUGGAAGUCAACUAAGUGGAAGUGGUGCAGGUUUGGGAGGAGGAUCAGGAGCAGGUUUUGGAACUUCCCUGUCUCUUGCCAGCUCGUCGGCAGCUUCCAGUAGCCAAUUUAAUUUGAACACUGGAGAUUCCUCGUCUUCUGUAUCUGUAGGAAGGCCUGCAACUAGUUACGGACCUCCAGGCCAAAGUGGACCGUAUUAGAUAUAUUUUUUUAGAUGUGUAAAUUUGUUUGAUAUUUAUUUUAUUUUUUUGGCUCGUAUACGUUGUCGAGAUGCUUUAUUUAUGUGACCCUGUGUGUUAUUAUUAAUUUUAGUUUUUGUACAUACAUUUAUUAUGCAGCAUUUUGCGGUAUGAUUUCUAUUCUAGGCUAGAUUAAAGGUAUUUUAUAGUUUUUUUUAAGCAAA